GUGGUGUUCCACUUCGCAGUAGUGUAUGGUUUCUACUAGAAUCUUCACCACUUGCUAUACUUUGAAAUUUUAACAGAGAACAAUGCAGCGAGUUAUUACUACGUUUUCUCGAAAUAUGGCUUCAUUGAGAUUAAAUAGACCCCGGCUUCUUUAUAGUAUUUGCACACAACGUAGUUAAAGGCAACCCAAGUAAAAAUGAUUGGUGAACGUGGAUCUGGAGCUGGUAAAGGAGGUGGUGGUGGUGGAAGCAUCCGCGAUGCUGGUGGAGCUUUUGGAAAAAUGGAAGCAGCUCAUGAAGAUCAAUAUUUCUAUAAUCUGCAAAAACAACAAAUUCAAAAGCUGAAAGAGGACCUUCACGAUGAGAUCUCUUUCCAUGAGGAACAAAUCAAACGCCAUCAAGAAGCCAUAAACCGUCACAAAAAAAGAAUCACAGAUAUGGAUGAUAAAUAAACUAAUUCAUCUUACAUCAAUAUAUCUGCAUACUUUCUAAGAAUGAUGCUGCUCUUUCUAAUGAUGUAACUGUUAUAUUAUUACUAAUAGCAAUUAUAGUAGACAUUUAUGUCAGUACUUUUUUUUAAAUAUUAUACACAAAUAUAAUAUAGAAUAAUAUAUACAUAUAUAUAUAUAUAUUGAAUAAAAGCUCUAAACUAAU